GCAACAUCUCCCGGGGUGUGCCUGCGCCCGGAGCUCGGUCUCUCUUCUCGCGCUUGCCCGUCUCGCUCGGUGGUUCCUCGACCGACCGACCCGACUCCUUCCCCCGACGCCGCCGACCUCGCCGGACCGGUCGCCGGCGGCGCGACCGCGUGAACCUCGCGCCGAGUGACGCGGAUCAAGAUAUCCAGAGGGUGCGCGGACGACUUCGGCUCAGUCAGUUCGGGCGUCGCGCGGACGCGUGACCAGUGCGGACGACGCGAUCUCCUCGUCCCUCUCGAUUGAAUUUUAUUAAGUAAAUAUAUGUAUAAUAUAUAACGUAUAUUCUAUAUAAGUCGGGUUCGCGUGACGGACCUCGUGCCGGGACGCGGUCAGUGUGCUCCGGAUCGAACGCCGCGUGGUUCUCGGCGUCGCAAUUACUGUUCACCGAUGUGCCGUGAUGUUCCCUUGACCACGUGCAGCGCCAAGGACCUCGCCAGGCCGAGGUUUUGGAAGACUUUCGAGGAGGCGAGGAGCAGCGAGCCAGGAGAUCGGAGUUAACUUUUCCUCGAGAGCACGUGGAGUGGCUCUUGCGGCAGGACCAUCGGAAGACCCCAGAUCGCCUCGAUGCACGAAGAGGGCUAGGACCUCGGAGAGAGAAGCGACGAUCGUCCACCUCCGAGUGAGCACCUUUUCGAUAUGAGCAGCAGCGGCCCCUGAUGUCGAACCCCCUCGCCAUUUCGGUGCUCGAUCCUGCCACUACCAAAGAUGCUAGAACUUGGAACUAAUUAUCCGGGAGAAGCCUACUCGAAACUUUAGACACCCGACGUCACUACCACUCGGGAACAAGAUGUCGAUGACCGGGAGCUUGAUGGGCUACGAGAACAACAACGAGGUGAACCAGGCCAAGUGCAAGAAGCCUCUGAAGCCACUUCCGGUGGUCUCGAGUAUCAGUGCCAGCGGUGUCACGACUACGAGCAAAUCGAGGAGAUCCCGGUCCACCCAGAAGAGGGAGUCUUGUACUCGCGGGCACGUAAAUAGCCUCUGGUCGGUCUGGUACGGGAUCCUCGCCGUGGCUCUUCAGGCUUACAUCGCCACGAGAUGCGCCAAAAGAUUCAUCGCGUACCUCUCGUUGCCCUGGCCGGCGGAUGCCCCGCCACCGAAAGUGGAGCUGCACGCCUGCCUGAUUUUGACCGGAACCGGGAUGCUCCUGCUUCCGGUUUUCCUGGCGGCCGCUGUCCUCAAGCUGGGCAACCUGGCGAACGACGGGAUCAAGCUAGGAAGACAUCUGAGCGCCUGCUCGAGAGACCCACCCUCGUCGUUGCUGACGAACAACCCCGACAGUGGCCUGGCAAAUAAUUUAUGGAGACACGGUGGACCCACGGCAGCGUUCGUACAUCUUUGCACGGCCAUGUGCUUUCUUCUGCCCUCGCUGCUCAUGGAGGCACGGCUCAUACACGCUGGAUUUUUGCCAAAAGAGGCAAUAUGGCGCACCGACCUGGACUGGGUGGUGAUACACCGCGAUCGUCUGGUGGUGCUCGGUUUUAUGAACCCCCCGGGCAACCUGAGCACCAUUUCCGGGUUCAUAACUCCCCAGCCGUUCGUGACGUCGACCCCGUACCCCGUCGACGAAAGCGUCGAGGACGAGGUCGGCAGCAUCCUGGGCUCGACAUCGGGCCCGGGGAGCACCACCUACGGACUCGUCACGGAAAGAGCGAACAAGACCGACAGAACCGAGGGAACCGUGCUCGCCACCCCCACCAAACUCUCCGCCGUGUUAAGACCCUUUGCCGGAUCCGCCAUUUUGUCGCCAGCUAAACCGCCGACCUCCUCCACCGUCGGCUCCACCAGCUCGACCACGAGAAGCACAAAAAGGGCGGCCACCACCCCGCCAACCCCCACGGUGGGUACGAGGAAUUAUUCCAAGCUCACCACUACCCCGAAGCGUCCCACCGUGAAGACCCUGACCAAGAACGGCGCGGCCAAGGCCAAGGCCAAGCCGAAGAGUCCUCCGAAGACCAACGCCACGAGGUCCUCGCUCUCGGCUGGGAACAUGACCGCGCAGAGCCUUCCACUGACCAUGACCAGCCUUUCGGACUUGGACCACCCGGAAAACCUGAACCUCGAACUCCAGCCCGCGGAGGAAUCCUACGGGCCGAUUACUCUGGAGUACCUGAACUACGCCAUGGCGCUGGGUGUCUACUCCGUGAGGUACCCCGCGGUCUUCUGGUCGUGUAACAAGGCUCUGGGGACCAUCUUCAGCCUCCAGCUGGUCGCAAAUUCUGCUCAGAGUCUGUUGGCUUAUGCCGGGAUGUCGGUCCUGUACAAGGUGCAGGUCGUCGGACCCCUCAAGGUCCUCCCUUUGCUGCGGCACCGCACCGUUUCCACCGCCAGCACGAUCUCGACGUUCUUUGGAGACUCCUAUUUUUUGCUGAACCCUCACGUAACUCUGGCCCUCUUCGCCCUAUCCUCCCUUUUGGUGCUCUGCUCGAGCAUGGUGAUGUACCUCUACGCCCAUGGCAGGUUCAUGGCGUUUCUGAACCAGGAACGCGAACGCCGCGUGAUUCUUCCCAAGGAGGGACGUGGUGGUUCCGGAUGGGGCUACUUCACCCACUGCACGGCCCUCUGCGUCUUCUUGGCAAUCGCGAUAUGCAGUGCUCCUCUGCUGUACGACUACACGGUGGUCUACAGAGGCAGCUUGGACGGUGCGAUUCUGGCGUGCAUAGUCGGCACGGUUCUCCAUCUGUUCCUCUGGCUGGUGCUCUGGGUCUUCCUGACCAUCAAGCAGAAAUGGAUCUUCAAGCUGAGAGUCACCAUCGGACGGGCUGCGGUGAGGUCUGCCAGAUCCGUCAAGCUGGUCACCGACGUGGACCUUCUGUCGGCCAGAGACGACGACGAGGGCACCAACGCCCCACUCCUGGUGGUCGGCAAUGGCAGGACGUACACCAUCGCCGACACCUCGCCCAAGAAGGCCAUCAUGAGCGUCAUUCAAAAGGCAGCCAUGGAACGCAAAGCUCGAUCGCAAGGUGGCAACGUGGACGCGGUCGACGGCGACUCCACCGCCGAUGGAGACGAGCAGAUCUACUGGCUGCGACCAAAGUUGAGACCAUCGCCGGCGCAAUCACCAGGCGAAAGCUCGGCCGUGCCGAGUGGCGAUAAGGGCUGGCUAAACAAGAAGCUCAAGCCCAAAGUCACCUUUAACGACCUGCCUAGUACGUCAGGCUCGCGUAAUAAGGGAAAAGCCCGACGAGGCAUCGCUGACGGCGGGCCUGACGAUGACGGGGAUUACGCCACGUUACGUGAAUUACCGCUGAUGACGUCUCUCGACCCUGCCGACGACUCCAUUUCCGAGGAAAAUAAGUGGGGAAGAUGGCUGGUAGCUCGUAGAGACGGUAUUCCUAAAUUUGCAGAUAUGAACGGUGGCCAGACACCGCGGUGUCUGCGGCGCGCCGACUCGGGAAUGCCGCACGAGGAGCUGACUCCCCGGUCAGACUCGUCCAACUCGCCUCCCCUGGACGGGGGUUCCACGGCCCCUAGCAACACAAGCAGCAGCAACAGCGAGACCUCCAGCGGGGUCCACUCGAACGCGAGCAACGCGAGCAACGCCAGCAACGCGAGCCACGCGAGUCACGCGGGUUGCCAGCGUCGAGCGACGAGCGUGGACGACCUGACGGGGGAGCCGCGAGAGGAGCCCCAGUGGAGGAGCUGUUCCCUCCAACGAGGGAUGCAGCCGCCGACGGCGGCCACCUUCACCUCCACGAACACCCGGCCGGGCACCAGCCAGUCGUUCUCCCCGCAAUACGUCAACCAUUCGCCGCUUUUCAACGGCGGGGACAUGGUGGCCGGGUGCCCGGCCGUCAUCCUGGAGAACCCGAACGAGGCCACCGUGGUCAUCCGGCGCAAGCUCUCCAGGCCCAAGGUGACGGACCCCCUCAACCCGAACGAGGAGCCCUUCGGCAGGUCCACCAACAUGAGGAUGACCUCCUUCACGGAAGGCAGCGACCUCCGCGCCAUCCAGGCCUCCUCGGCCACCCUGCCGCACUACCCCACGCAGCCCGCGGUCACGUACCCGCACUGCUCCACCAUGCCUCUGCCCCAUGCCUCCCAUUCCAUGGCUGGCACCAACAAUAUGGUGCCCUCCUCCGACUCCGCGGGCGGCAGCUGCGGAUCCGUACCCAGACACACCACGGUCCCGGUGCACACCACCGUUCCCGCGCACACCACGCUUCCGUCCCACCACAACGGGGUCCGUCUUCUUCACGGCGGACCCAACCCCUUCGUCAAGCGAUUCCCGCCGGUGCAGCUGCACACCCAGCCCUGGGCCUUGCCCGGGCACCACACCUUCCCUCAGCCACCGGCCAACAAGCUGUCCGCCCCUGCCCAAAUCAGGCAGACGGACAGAGAUUCCGCCAACUUCUCGAUGGCCAGCUCCGGGGAUUCCGAUACGUGUCUGCCGCAUUAGAGGGUGUCGGUCGGAUGGGCGGCGGUCCUCGGAUUUCGGGGUUGGUGUAGGAUAAUUUCGAGUCGGUUUCCGGAGGGCGGGAGUGAGGCUCUGGAUUUAAGUUCUGGUUGAUAUCGUGGGUCGGGUCGAUAUGGCAUGCCGUAGGACAGGCGAGUAGAUUUAGAUCGAUGUGAUACUAGCGACGACGCGGUGAAAAGUCGACUGCUCGAUCAGCCCGCUUAAGGGUGAUCUGACGUAUUAGAAAAUUAGGAAAAUUUACUUGGACUUUUUCAAGACACGUGGGUGAACGUAGAGUCUAUUCCGGCACACGGUUUUUGAGGAUUUAAAAGCACGGUUUCGUGUCGAGAACGGUGGAAGCUGAUCUAGUCGAGCCAGGCCAAUUGAGCAGUCCGCUUAGGAAAAAUUCACGGCGGUCUCUUCGACACUUUUAUCGUUCGAUAAGACGAACAGUGGACCGAUCUUCGUAACGUCUCACAUAUCACGAUUCCAUGGCAAUGCGUCACAGUAUAGUAAUGAACUCUACAUCGAAACGUUCUUACAUGUUGCUCAAUGACCUGUAUCCAGCUUACAUUUCAUCCUCGGGUGCUAGAACCACUUUUGGUUCGAUCCCCUAUACAUAAACAUACUCAUAAAUUACCUAAAUGUAUCCGCUUAUUUUUUUACAAAAAAAAAAAAGAAAACGUAGGUCGUCAUUGAAAUUCUCCUAAAGACAUAUCCUACAUUAGUGAUCGACAUUUCUAUCGAGAAGACCAAUCUUUAGGAAAUACCCUAGCCUCAGCCGAAUAGCACGAUCAUCCGAAAUCGUGUCGAAAAGACCGUCGUAAGAUCGAUGUUGAAAAACGUGGAUUUAUCGUUAAAAAAAAAUCGGAACUGCGAUUCAGGAAGCCUCCCCUCGAGCCCUCGAACGAAUCGACCCGCGAUCGCGAGAUCCACCGAGAGCCGCAAGUGUCGCUAAUGUAAGUCAUUCGGUUCUCCAAGGUUUCGUUCGAAGAACGACCGAAAUUAAGAAUUAGUUAAGCCCACUGGCUGCGCCGCGGCGUGUAUUUAAAUUAAUCGCCACUUGUAGUAUUACAAAUGCUUCGCCAUCGGAGGUAGCACUUAGAAAGUGGCUCGAUGGCAGAGACUCGAUAAUGAAAGUAAGAGUUCCAUCAGGAUUGUUCACUGAAAUCGUGAUGCUCUCUAAAAGUCCCAUGCGUAGGCAGAUUCCGAAGAGUCGGAAAGAGCGAUUGACCGAAUCCGCAAAAUGCGGAAAAAGCGAGAGGAAACCGCGCGUUCGCCAUUUAAGUUUCUCGAUAGGAGAAAAAUGAGGAGCCUCUUUCUAGCAAAUAAUUGUACAUUUUGUUAAGUCCACUGUACAUUGCCAAUGAACGAGCGUUUCGUGUUUAUUCCGUACCCGCGAUUGUCCGGCACCUAAGUAAGCGUUCCGAUUCGGUGAGCACCGAAAGACUAUUUUUUCACGUUUUUCAAGUCCCCUCAUGAGUGCGUCGUUAAGAUGUUUCCCCGGUGCUUCGUUCGUCAUAUUCCGAUGAUGUGUAUGCGUAGUUUUGCGCGAGGCGAUCGCUCAAUGAGUUCUCGCGAGUACGCGUACUCGAGAAGCGAUAAAGUUCGAUCUCUCGCCCUUGUUAGUUGGUAAGGAACGUUCGGAGGACAUCCGGUCCUCGUACAGUACGCAGAGAUCGACGAUACUCGCCUCUUGGGAACGAACGUUAUACGGUAUUUCUACAUUAAUUCAUAAAAACUGCAAACAGUUCUGCCCUAAAUCGAUACCUUUGUAAAAAUUACCGCUCUGCCGGAAGGGGGAUAAAGUUCGAGCAGGGUUGCUUCAAUAUUUGCAGGCCUUCGAGAAAGGAUCGAUUUCGGGAGAAUCCGAGUAUCGUCGAUCACUGACAGACGAAAGAAUCAUGAGAUGGUUUCGGAGAGUUAGGGAGGACGCAAAACGUCUCCGGGUUCUUUACACUACUGUAUCGGUCCGUGAAUCUUGUUUCCGAUGCAGCUGAGAUUACUCUUGAACGAGGCUCGAGUACCCUGCAAACCGAGACGUGUACAUUGAGAUUUAAACGUAAGAAAUUAGGGCCGUACUCAAUUUUUACGAAUGUUAUGAAAGCGAUUACUGCCAUUUGCAACGAAGGUCCGCGGACCUUCGUCCUCGUGCAUUCGUUGCCCCCGACCGUCGGCCGAUUCGCGGCCAGGUCGGAGGUGAGGUGCAUCGUACCCUGCUGCAUUUAUGCGUCCCUUCUAUCGCUGCGUCUCCCCAAUAAUUUAUACAAAUCGCGUGCAUCGCGAGAGGAAACGUUUCUACCGUGGUCGGCUGCUCUUUCUUCGUUUGGACACAAAAGAAGCCAACUGAAAGAUGGGCAAGCCGGUACCUACUCUAGAGGAGAGAAACGAGCGAUAUGGUCGUUAAAUGGAAACUCAUACAUAUACAUGCAUAUAAGUACACACGGACACGCAUACAUAUAUUUAUAUACAUAUACGCAUAUAUUCCUAGCCGCUUCGGACUAAAGUUUGAAGUUUUGUGAGGUUUCUCCGAGGGUGGGCGGUCGUUUCGUCUUUGCUUCGAACGAAGCAAUUUUUUUUUUUUCUAUCGCGGAACGAUCACCCAUACGCAGAGAAUCGUGGGAAGGAAAAGGAAGCAAUGCGUUACUUCUGUCUUCCGCAAUUCGGGAACGAGAGGAGUACCGCUCGUUCUCUUCUACUGUUAGCUAAAAGGAUCCAGAAGGGCACGGAGGUCUAUAUGCACGAAAGCUGGCGUAGAGCUGAGAAAAUCGAGGCGGACGGGAAAUAUUACUACUGUUAUUUAAAGCGUAGCUCGAAAGCGGAGCGAGUCGUUCUCGCUCGUCGUUCCUAACAGAAAAGCAUUUCUGGUCAUGCCCGGAUAAUGGGAAGACUCGCUGGUAAGGCCGGAUACAUAGGUAGAUGUCGUUUAGCGUAGUCCCAGUAACGAAUUAACGAGACCCGGUACCACACUGACCAAUAAAGACGAGCGGCAAGUAGAGCGCAGAAUUUUCUACGGUCCAGAACUAUUUUGCUAUGCCGAUCGUACAUAUCAUCCCGCAAGGACCACGUUUUUUCUCGAGUAGUCAGAGGCGAAGAAGCGACCGGACGAAGCGAAGUUCUUUCACGAAGAGUGAAGUAGUUCACCUCGAUGCCGGAAAGAGCAUCGCUCGGUUCGCGCCUUCGACGUCAUGUAAUUCCGAAUAGGGUACUAAAAUCGAAUUUCAACCCUUGCUUCGUACCGAUUCCUCGGUAAUACAUUUCCCACCGUAUGAUCCGGAGUGUUCGUUCAAUUCGGGAUUCCAGCAGAUGAAUGAUUUUUUUUUUCUUUUCUUUUUUCAUCGGUACGCCGAAGUGAUCGGUGUCAUUAGCGAGGAAACUGUCUUUGCGAGAAUAUUUUUUUACCGUCUAGAAGAAAUCAUCUCAUGGAACGUAUUUCAUAUUCAUUUUAGAUUCGGCUAGACGUAUAUCGUAGAGAGGUAAGCGAGGACCCGUACACAAGAGAGAGCGAGAGAGGCAGGGAGACUCGUCGUGAAAGACGGAACGCAAUUUCCGAGAUGCCACCGACAGACAUUUUUGCACUUUAUUCCGAGGUAACGAUCACCCCUUGUUUCCCGAUGGCACAUCAUCCUAUGCAUGAUCCAAAUUCGAAAUAGCCUACACGCAGAGCGAAUCGAUUGAUCGGUAUCGAGGUUCGUUUGAAUGCCUUUCUUCCUCACGAUUAACAUCACGUUACACUUUGGGCAUUGGGAGGUACCCUUCCGUUUUUCAUUUGCAUUCAGUCCAAGGAAAGUAUGUCGACAGCCGGUCAGAGUUCUCCAAUUUACGGCAGAGGGACGAGUAACCGCGAGAGACUACGUUAGUCAUGACAUCAGAUGCACUGUAAAUACAAUGAAUCAAGCGAAAUCGAAUGUACGAAUAUUGUAUAAAGACUGAUUAGACUAGCUUUGGUAUUUAUUCAUUAAUGAUCAGCUACUGUUCACCUACGUUGAGUUAAGAUGGAGCACGAUGACGGAAAAUUAAAGAAAUAUAUUUCGCAUUAGCCUGCUGAUCGAGCGCGAAAAGAGAUACCGCAUUUUUGAAAGUCUUUAAAAUUGGCACGGGCAUGGGAAGAAUUUUUUGAUAUUAUAUCUCGUAUCGUGAAGUACUCUAAUAAGCAACGAGUUGCUCAAAGACUUCCCUCUCGGUUUUCAUUUCUAACGACUAAACGUCGCGUGCUCCGAAAUAUCUGCGGAGGUUGAACGUAUGCACGGAGCAUAACGUAAGCGCAGAUGUAACAGCGGCACUAUUAUCGUGACAACGUAUCAAUAUUAUUCAAGCCUCGUAUAAACCAUUGAACUAAAUGUAAACUUUGUAUAUUCAUUUACCAAGAAAAUAAAAGUAAAUUAUUCAACUGUGCCGAACGCACAGCUCACUCCCUCC